AUGCCUGUGUGCGAAGGACAACGGUGUGGGGGCCUGCCAGCGCUGUGUCGGGGCGGCUGGCUGACAACGGUGGUGAACCGGCGCCUGCCCUGGGCUGGGACGCACCGUGCUCUGCACGCUCACUUUGUCAUGAACGGCGGCUUCUUCCUGCGCAUCAACCCCGACGGCAGGGUGGACGGCGUCCGCGAGAAGAGCGACCCGCACAUCAAACUGCAGCUUCAAGCAGAAGAAAGAGGAGUGGUGUCAAUCAAAGGUGUAAGUGCAAAUCGCUUUCUGGCUAUGAAGGAAGAUGGCAGAUUGCUGGCAUUGAAGUGUGCAACAGAAGAAUGUUUCUUUUUUGAGCGUUUGGAAUCCAAUAACUAUAACACUUAUCGGUCACGGAAAUACUCUGAUUGGUAUGUGGCACUGAAAAGAACUGGACAGUACAAACCCGGACCAAAAACUGGACCUGGACAGAAAGCUAUCCUUUUUCUUCCAAUGUCUGCUAAAAGCUGAUUUCCACAGCAGAUUCUGAAAACAUG